UGCAACUUGGACAGACAGGGGCAGCAACGUGCUCUCUGCGACCACCCUGUGCUUCUCUGAAGAAGAAGGCUACAGAGCAAAAUGGCAGCACCCAUGAGUAACGUGGAGGAAAUCCGUAGUCGGGUAAUCUUGGGAGAAUUUGGAGUAAAAAACGUUCAUACUACAGAUUUUCCUGGAAACUACCCGGGCUUUGAUGACACCUGGGACAUGAAACGGUUUCAAAAGAACUUCCGAAUUGAUGUAGUGCACCUAGAUGAGAACAGCAUGGAGUUUGACAUGGUGGGGAUUGAUGCUGCCAUUGCCAACGCCUUCAGGAGAAUCUUACUAGCAGAGGUGCCUACAAUGGCUAUAGAGAAAGUUUUCAUCUAUAACAACACAUCUAUUGUCCAGGAUGAAGUUCUGGCUCACAGGUUAGGCCUCAUUCCCAUCAAAGCGGACCCUCGUCUGUUUGAGUUCAAGAAUACAGCUGAAGAGUCUGCAGAAGAAGAAGCUUCAGAAAUAGACACAAUUAAACUCCAGCUGAAGAUCAAAUGCAGCCGAAACCCCCGAGCCAGCAAAGACUCCUCUGACCCCCAAGAACUCUAUCUAAACCACAUGGUUUAUUCCAAAGACAUUGAGUGGGUUCCCAUUGGAAACCAGGCGGAUGUGUUUGCAGACUCCUGUAUUCGACCCGUACACGAUGACAUUCUGAUAGCUCAGCUCCGACCGGGACAGGAGCUGGACAUUAUCAUGCACUGUGUUAAAGGAAUUGGUAAGGACCAUGCUAAGUUCUCUCCAGUGGCGACAGCCAGUUACCGCCUCCUCCCAGAUAUCACGCUGCUGGAGGCAGUGGAAGGUGAGAAGGCAGAGCGCCUAAAACGCUGCUUCUCACGAGGAGUCAUCGACCUGGAAGAUGUUCGUGGUAAAAAGGUUGCCAAGGUGGUGAACAGCCGACUCGAUACGUGCAGCAGGGAGGUUCUCCGACACAGUGAUCUGAAGAACUGCGUAAAGCUGGGAAGAGUUCGGGACCACUUCAUCUUCACGGUGGAGUCAACGGGCAUCCUGCCUCCUGACGUUUUGGUCACAGAGGCCAUCCAAGUUCUCAUGGCCAAGUGUCAGAGUUUUCUCAGUGAGAUGAACUCUGUUGACAUGGAGUAAACUGACUUUGUUCCUACUGUGCUCGGAACCUUCUGAUGGCACCAGAUUCUGUUCUGAAAAAUGACCUUCAAGCUGGCGUGGUUCUGGUUGCUGCAGUCGUUUGUUAGCAUGCACCCACUCUAGUAUUUUGUACACUGAGUUUUUUUCCCUUAACAUGCUGAAUUAAUGAGAUCAUCAUACUGAUGCGUGAUUUCUUUGCUCAUGAAAACAGAGUGCAGGCUGGUCUGCAUUACAGAAUAAUCAGCAAAAGUUCUUUUGAGUCCCAGUAGGGGUUGGUCUCUGUGAUGUGGAUAAGGCUGCCUGCAGUGGAAAAACACUCACUUCCUGCUGCAAGGCGAGCUCAGACUGACUGGAUUGCAGUGGUGAUGAGUCAGGAAGAGUAUGGUAAAACAUCCCUUUAUCGUUACAAUCUCCCACACAAAAAUACAUUAUGGGAUGUAUUGCCUCUAAGACCAGUAUAAAUAAAUGGGAAAACAGAAUGCUAUACAUCCUCCACUUAUGAGUGAUCUAUAGAAUAGAACAGUAUGUCCCAUUGUGAACGAUUUACCACGUACUACAUGCUAUCCUGGCUAUGCAGAUACAUCUCAAAAACUGAAUUGGGAAAAAAUUUUUUUUUUUUUUUAAAUCAUUUGAAUAUUACAUUAGCUCAAUAAAAAAUAUUCUAAAAAGAAACAUCAGGCUCCUGAAAAGUAAUUUUAUUUCUAUACUCUCAAUACUUGGUUGGCCUCCUCUUGCAUAAAUUCCUGCAUCAACGCAGCGAGGCCAUCAGCCUGUGGUUCUGCUGAGGUGUUCAGGAAGCCCAGAUUGCUUUGAUAGCUGUUUUCAGGUGAUCUGUUUUGUUGGUUCUGGUGUCUCUCAUCUUCCUCUUGGCAAUACUCCAUAGUAUCUCUAUUGGGUUCUGGUCAGCUCAGUUUGCUGACCAAUCCAGAACAGGAUCAACAUUUUCAUUGAACCAGCUUUGGCAGUGUGGGCCGGUACCAAGUCCUGCUGGAAAAUAAAAUCAACAUGAAGCAUGAAUUCCUCUAGAGUGUCCUGGUAGAUGGCUGCAUUGAUGGUGGAGUUCAGUAAAGCCAGUGGAGCAAAACCAGCAGAUGACAUGACACCCCAAACCAUCACUGACUGUGGAAAUUUCACUCUGGACUACAAGCAACACGAGUUCUGGAGCUCCGUGCACCUCCAGACUCUGGGACCUGGAUUUCUAAAUAAAAUGCAGGAUUUACUUUCAUCCAAAAACAGGACUUUGGACCAUGGAGUAACAGUCCAGCUCUUCUUAGCCCAGCCAAGAUGCUUCUGAUGUCUCUGGUUCCGGAAUGGUUUGACACGAGGAAUGCAACAUUUGCAGUCCAUGAUGAGGAUUCAUCUGGACUUAGCAGCUGUUGAUGUGCUAUCUCCAGUCUGAGUUCACUCUUUGUGAAGCUCCCCCAAAUUCUUGAAUUGAUGUUGAUUGACAAGCCACUUAAUGAUGCGGUUCUCCUGGUGCACCUAUUCCUACCACAUAUUAAAAGAAAUUUGAGUGGAAGGAAGAAUCCUUCCACUCAAAUUUCUUAUAAUAUGCUUAGAUCCAGAACUCGGUGAACAAGCAGUUUCUUCAGCAAUGACCUUCCGUGGCUUCCUCUCCUUGUCUUCUAGACAUCUGUCCAGUCAGCAGUCCACCAGAGUCGGAUUGUAUCGCCUACUGACCCAGGCUGAGACCAUUUAGAGGCUCAGGAAACCUUAGCUGGUUAGGAUGUGACACCCUGAGUUCCCAAUAUUUAGCUUUAUCACAAUGUUGCGAUUGUAUGGGACACUGAAUUUUGAGUUUUUAUUAUCUGUAAACCAGAAUCAACAUUACAAGAAAUAGAGUGAAAUAAAGUAUUUUUAGCCUUUAUGUGUAAUGCAGUUAUAUAGUAUGAGUUUCUGAGAUGCAGGAAAAAAAUUAUAUGGAACUUUUUCAUGAUAUUGUAAUAUUAUAAAAUGUGCAUGUAUUUAUCAAAAAAUAGAGAUUGAAACCACUACAAAGACACCACACUUCUCAUGGCCCUCUUCUGAAUCCCUCAGAACUCUCCUUAAAGAUCCAAGAUAUUUAGGUUUAUACAACUGUUGGGUUGCCAAUCCGAUCCAGCCGAAGAUGCAUUUCAUGCAAAGUUCAUUAAGACAAAUAAACAAUCACUUAUUGCUCCAAUUACAAGCAUCAUAAAUCAUUCAAUAAAUACAGGUAUAUUUCCUGAACACUGCAAAAUCUCAGUGAUUACACCGAUCUAAAAAUCAGGAGAUCCUAUGGAACCUUGUAAUUAUGGAUAAAUAAAAAUAAAUAUUUUACCAGUGGUAUCCAAAUUAAUACAAAAACGUAACAAAACAACUAGUUAAUCAUCUGAGCCAAAACCCAUUCAAGCUUUGUAAAAUGCAAGCUGGCUUCAGAAAACCUCAUUCAAAAGAAACAGCCAUGCAGGGGUCCAAAAUUGAAAUGGUCCAUGAAUUCAAAUAUGUUGGAGUAACUAUAGACUCAAAACAUUCCUUCGAACAAGUAAAAAAAACUGAACACAAUUAAAUUUAACUUGUCUAAUUUCAGAUUUAUUAGAGACAAUCUUACAUUGGAAUUGACUAAACUCUUAUUUAAAUGCAACAAUUUUCUCAUAUGACCUAGUGCUUGACAAGUUGGGGGCUAGCGUGUAAGAACAGCCUGAAACCAUAUACAAACAAGCCAUUAAGAUCUUGGACUGAAAACCAAAAACUUACCUUUCACUGCAGGAUUUUAAAAAGCUGAGAAAUUCUGAGCUGGGAAAACAUGCUCAAAUAUGCAGAUUCUGUUCUUGUGUAUAAAAUUCUGAAUGGAUUAGCUCCCAUCCCACUACAAGAAUUUGUUGAGACCUUGUUGAAAACAUGCUUUUGGACAAGCAGUUUUUUCCCAUCGGGCCUCUCAAACCUGGAGUACCAUACAAAUGACUAAGAGAGCUGCCUACACUCAGCUCGUUCUCAAAACACCACAAAUCAAGGAAACUGGACAAUCAGAAAUGCCUCAAUCAGAGGGUAUAGAAACGUGGGCUGGGUGUGGGUGGGCGAGGGCAUGAGGAGCAUGUGAGAGUGGAUAUGUGUCUGUGUGGGAGAUUAUGUGGUUUUAAUAUAUGUAUGUAAUGACUGGUAGUUGCCAGGUGACCAGGUAAGUGGUGGGUAGCUGGGCCAGAACCAGCAGGGGACAGAGGAUGGAAAUUAGCCUCAGCUAUAAUCUUGAAAAUAUAUGCACUGUUUAAAUGGAUUGUCCCCUUCCAAAUAAAUAAAUACAAUAUACAAUA